AACUUAAAAAGUCUUAAAGAGUAAUAAAAUGAUUGAAACAGAGUAGGAUAAGUAGACUCUUCCUCUCAAGUUUCAAACAAAUUUGAGCAGAUAAUUAGAAUGGCAGUAUUCAUCUUUCUUCUAGCUCUCCCUUUCUUCCUCUUCAUAACUCUCCUGAAACGUAGCAUUAGCAACCAUGGCGAUUGCAAUCAUCUUCCCCCAGGCCCUCCAAGUCUUCCCUUGAUUGGUCACUUACAUAUGUUGAUGUUUGAUAACUCAGACCUCCUUCAUAUUUUCCUUUGGAAACUCUCUAAACAAUAUGGUUCUCUCCUGUCCUUACGAUUUGGAUGUAGGCCAACCCUCGUAGUUUCUUCAGCAAAAAUGGCUAAAGAGGUUAUGAAAACUCGUGACCUCGACUUCUGCAGCAGGCCUACUCUAUGUGCUAUUCGCAAAUUAUCUUACAAUGUCUCGGAUUUGUCUUUUUCACCAUAUAGUGAGUACUGGAAGGAGAUUAGGAAAAUUUGUGUUGUACAUCUGUUCAGCAGAGUGCAAAAGUACCGUUCCAUUCGAGAAGACGAAGUUGCUCGCCUGGUUGAGAAAAUAUGUCGAUUAUCCGUUGAUUCUAAGCCUGUCAACUUGAGUGAGGCAAUGGUGUGCUUUUCCUAUUCAAUAAUUUCAAGAGUGGCCUUCGGUAAGAGGUACGAUGAAGAAGGAGCUGAAGGAAGUAGGUUACAUGGGCUGCUUAAAGAAAGUCAAGCCAUGUUUACAAGCUUUAGUUUUUCUGACUAUUUUCCUUUCAUGGGCUGGGUCGAUAGAUUCACUGGGUUUCACGCUUGUCUUGAACAUCUCUUCAAAGAACUUGAUACCUUCUAUCAACAACUCAUUGAUGAACAUCUUAAUCCGAAUAGGCUAAAACCAGAGCAAGAGGAUAUACUCGAUGUGUUAUUACAGACAUGGAAAGAUCGUGAUUUUCUAUUUGAUCUUACCUUAGAUCAUAUAAAAGCUAUUAUUAUGGAUGUGCUUUUUGCUGGAACAGAGACAACAGCGGUUACUGUGAUUUGGGUCAUGAGCUUCUUGAUGAAAAAUCCAGGGUGUUUGAAGAAAGCUCAAGAGGAAGUAAGGGAUUUGAUUGGGAAAAAAGGAUUUCUAAAUGAAGAUGAUGUUCAAGCUUUAACUUACCUGAAGGCUGUGGUAAAAGAAACAUUUAGAUUGCAACCAGCAGUUCCAUUGUUGCUACCACGAGAAACACUUCGAAAAUGUUGCAUAGGUGGGUACCAAGUACCUGCCAAUACCAUGGUGUAUGUGAAUGCAUGGGCAAUAGGAAGAGACCCUGAAGCUUGGAGAAACCCUGAAGAAUUUUGUCCUGAAAGAUUCAUUGGCAGCUCUAUUGAUUACAAAGGGCUAAACUUUGAGCUCAUACCGUUUGGUGCGGGUAGAAGGGUUUGUCCUGGAAUGAAUAUGGCAGUUGCAGCAGUGGAGCUUGCUCUUGCUAAUCUUCUUUACAAGUUUGAUUGGGAAAUGCCGACCAAAAUGAACGAGGCAAACUUAAACUUUGAUGCCACACCUGGUAUAGUUAUACACAAAAAAGAUGCUCUUAUCCUUGUGGCUAGGAAGAUUAAUGAUUAAUCAAUGUAUGGUUAUGGUAACUUAUUUGAUGCUCUUAUGCUUUAGUUGUAUAUAUUAAAUAUUAUAUAUUAUUUUCUAAAAAAA